CCAGCUAAAAACUGGCCGUUCACACUGAGACUGGCUCAAACACUUUGUCUCAAUGAAUACACAGCUGCCAAAAAGACUCAUCUUUGUCUCCAGAUGCUAGACAAACAUGAAAUUUGGAUUUGUUAAAACUCCUAGUUGACUGCCUUUACCAAAGUAUAAAGGGAAGUUUCAUCAUGGAGAACAGCUUAAGCCAAGAAACAGAGGAAAAUCCCUAUCUGUGAAAGUUUUCAGAGAACACCGCCCCUCAGACAUAAAUGGAGAAAGCACUACUGAGGCCUGGGCAGCAACAAACUACUGGAGCCAAAUAAGGAGGAUGACAAAAGAGAGAAUGGAGAGGUGACAGAUGCCCUCACCAGCAGGAACGCAGACCCUACGAAGUUUACUGCAUCUAAGGCAUGCCAUCUUUUAAAAGCCAUGGAGGCACAAUACGGACAGUACCAGAGCAGACCAAACCUAAAGCCAGCCAAGCAUGGCAACACUUGGGUCGACCAGAGAAGGUCAUUUUAAGAAAAAGGGCUGCUGAUGUGCUCUUUGAUAGUUUUGCCUCUGGGAGAAGAGUCAACUGCAAUCAGUUUUUUGAGGUCCUGUGGAGCUCAGGAAUCAUCCGAACAGACCCCCGGAUUAAGGACUGCUACGGCCUGAUGCGGAAAUUACAGGAAGCAGAUGGAACUGUUGACAGGAACACUCUUCACAGGCCAGACUGAAUGUUGACACCAGUAGUCAAAUUUAAAGCAUCUUAAAUAUAAAUACUAAACACCCCUAAUCUUUAAUGCUGUUAAUAUGCUUCAUUUGUGAACAUCUUGCAGGUGCAUGACUGGCUUUGUGUCUUUCAUCCUGAAGGCAUUUGCAGGGAAGAUUUGUCAUUCCAGAUUUCUCUACUUUCACAGAGGAAACACAAAAGCUGUUUAUUAAAUGCAAACAACUCUCCUCUGUGAAGGAGAAAGAAGACGUGAGAGAGGGUGGCAAGAAAUGGGGCGUUUCAGUUUGUACCGAGGAUUGACAGAGGAGACUUGGCUGAACCUUGCAUUCUGGGGAGAUUUCAUAUAUGGUCUCGCAGUGGACCAGCAAGGUUCUGACUAUGUGCAAAAAUUUGUAGGGAUGGAGGAAUAUCCCAAAUACGAGUCUCCAUUUACCCUGACCAAGCAAGGAAUGUUCAGUCAGUUCAUUCCAAAUAUUCCACUUCUUUGAUUUAUGUUCAGUUCUGGACUCAAGAGUUUGAUGUUCAGUUCAAAGACUUUUUGGCUUAGCAGUGCUUAAAUACAGCAAACGUGCUUGCAGGUGUGUCUCAUAGUCCGCUGGUUGAGUCAGGAGCAAUUAUCUGCACUUCUUUAUUACAGGUAACAGUGUUGCUUGUUUAAAAAUAAACAAAAAUGUGCUUUUAUUGACUGUUUUCGUCAUAAAACAGCUGCCAACCAGACCAGUCACUGACGAAUAAGAAAAGUAUGUAAGCUUAAAUUUUACAUUAACCAGCUACAUUUAAUGAUAAAUAAAGCAUAAAAGCAAUCUUAAAGCAAACCACUUUCUCACAGGUUUUGAUUAUCAUCAGAAGACAAAGAGCAUGCAAACCUAAACUGCACCAGGUAUUUUUAUGUGAUUUUUAUGAUCAAACUAACAAUAAUCAUCACACACCUGCAGAUAAUAGAUAAGUGUGUAGGAAAAAGACCAAAAAGUAAAAAAAAAACUAUGUAACAAAAGAAAAACCUGCAGGCCAUGUGAUUUUUAUGAGAUAUUGAUUUUUUUUUCUGUUAUUCAGUGUUUAUUUGUUAGUGUUAAUUGUAACCGUCAUCACUGCUGUUGCAGUUAUCAAAACCUGUUAAAAGACAUCAUCCAUCUCCACGCUCUUUCAUUUUACUUACAAGAGAAGAAAGUAAGUCUAGGAUAAUUCCCCGAAAGAUCAAUUUUGGUUCUACAUCACACAGGGUCUUUUAAUCUCAUCUGUUUUGCAUAACUAAACCAUUCCAGUGCUUUCCAGAAGGUGUGGGGAUCAAUUCUACACUGGAUUUAAUGUUACAGGUAUUCAGUUUUAUGUAUUAUAUUCUUGAUAAGAAUGAAUGCAUGGUUGAAUUUUCAUUUUGCAUAUGUCUCAGUGUUUAUCUAUAGAAGUCACCUGCGAGUCUGGCGUGGGAUUGGCUGAAACCCUAGGUAAUGGAUGACUGUGCCCCUUUUCAGGUGACCAAGUGAUGUCACCCCACCCCAUCCGCAGCAUGCUUUCCCAUGAUGCAGGGGGCUGGAAUGAAUGAUUAUUCCAGAAUGUUUCAUUUCAAGACAUCUGUGCCUGGGAAGUCCAGUUUGUCUGGUGUCGUACUGAUCCUGCGUGGUUCCUGGGGUUCUGAGACUCAUGUGUCGGUCUCCUGGACUGGACUGCAAUGAAAAUUCAUGGAGGAAAUUCAUGGAGGGGUGUCCAUUUCUUUGAGGUGAAGUUCAGAUGUGAAUGCUGUGGAUUAUGAUGGACGGUCAGCGCUGCAUGUCACAGCCUCUGAGGGCCAUCUGGAUGUCAUCAAGUUCCUGGUGGAGAACGCAGGGGCAGACUGCACACUCAAGGACAGUUGCUAAAGGAAAAGAUCAAUGGAGUUGAAGGAACAAAACUGGAUGAGGAAUUCCUCAACAUGGAAAGGAAAACUGAUAUUACCCACAAACUGAUUCUCGACCUUGUUCCAAAAACUAUAGGAUAUCUUCAGCCAAACCCAGCAUACAGAGCAAAACUCAGCAUGCUCAAUACAGUGUCCAAAAUUCGUGGGCAGGUGAAGGCUGUGGGCUAUCCUCAGACAGAGGGCAUUCUUGGAGACUGCAUGCUGCGCUAUGGCAAUGAGCUUGGAGCAGAGUCUGGUUUUGGUUUUGCUCUGCUUGAAAUGGGAGAGUCUUUGAAACAAGUAGCCCAGGCAAAAGACUGCAUGGAUGUCCGAGUGAAACGAACCUUCAUUGAUCCUCUGCUGUCCCUGCAGCACAAAGAGCUGAAGGAAAUCGCGUAUCAUCUGAAAAAACUUGAAGGUCGGCGUCUAGAUUUUGAUUACAAAAAAAGGCGUAAAGGAAAGAUUGCAGACUCCGAAAUUAAGAAAGCAUUUGAAAAGUUUGAAGAAUCCAAAGAACUGGCUGAGAGAAGCAUGUUUAAUCUCCUAGAGAGAGACGUACAACGUCUGCAACACCUCUCCGGUCUCUUAGAAGCAGUAAUGGACUACCACCGCCAGUCACACCAGAUUCUAGAACAUCUCAGGAGUAGUUUACAGAGCAGGAUAGCAGACGCAAGCAAUCAACCCAAAAGGGAAUUUGCAUCUAAAUCAGUUGCGAGCACAGUGUGCUACACGGAUACUUAUGGAUUUUCCACAUGCUCAUCAGAUACUGAGAUUACCGAAGCUUUGAGUGAAAAAUAUGCAACGGUUGUGGUUCACCCUCCUGACAAAGUCACCAUUAAAGCUCAAACAACAGACAGGCCGUCCAGUGACAAUGAUAGCGGGCUCCCUUUGGAUCAGCCUUGCUGUCAGGCACUUUACAGUUUCCAGCCAGAAAACCAGGGCGAGCUGGGCUUUAAGGAGGGCGACAUCAUCAUUCUGACCAGCCAGAUCGAUGAGAACUGGUGUGAGGGAAUGAUCAGAGGGGAGGCUGGCUUAUUUCCCAUGAACUACGUCAAAGUACUUGUACCUCUGCCGCAAUGACAGCAGGAAGGCACUGCAGCUGGACAACAUGAACUGUGCCAGUUUUUUUAGAUUAAAAAAACUUUUCUUUAAAUAUUAUUGAUUAUUUGAUAAUGAUUAAUAUGUGAAGCACUUCUGAGCCCAUGCUUUAUAUUUAUCUAUAUUAUCACUAUGCAAAGUAACGUACCCUGCCUUGUAUUCCUUAUCUGAUUAUUUUUUAUGAAUCUUAAAAUGUUACAUAAAUAUGCUGCUAUAAAAAAACACAAGUAUCAUUUAUGUUAUACUGUAAGUGCACUAUGAAUGUUCAUAUAAAUUAUAAUUUUAAUACAAUGUGGUCAUGGACUGAUUAGUUUUACUCUUUUUAAAUAGCACUUAAAUCGAAAAAUUUAAUUACUUAUCCAAAAUUAUUUUAUUUUUUCUUUGUCUCUCCUUGUGCACUGCAUUAAAUAUUCUAGUACUGUUGGUCUUAUUGCAGAAUAACUUACGUGUACUUGUAUUUAAAAGCACUACAGACAUUUGAAUGCAUAUUCCUUGACAGACGUGUUCAACUUUGACACACAAAAUAAAUGACUUGCCUUCCCCACACAAGAUGCGUUGCUGUAAUUCCGAAUGUUUCCUGUUUUUGAACCCAGCAGCUCGCCGUAGUGGCGGUAACAUACUGGAACAACGGAUGUUCAAACUUUAUUGAUAUGAGUUUUACUUUCAAAUAAAAGGACUCAUCUGUUCAACCAC